AUGGCGUGUUCGAGUGCAUCUACUACUGCCAGUAGCGAAGAGGAGAAGAAGGAACAGAGGCUUAUUGAUGCCAUGUUUCUCUGUGAUGAGUGGAAAUCUUCGAAAGGUGGAUUAUCAACUUUCAAUCGCGAGUUAGCUAUUCAUUUGGCAGAGACAACGAGUGGUAGCAUGAAUAUCCACUGCUAUGUCUCGAGAAGCGAUGAUCACGACAGAGAAGAAGCUGAACAACAUGGAGUGAAUUUAAUCACCGCUCAGACUGUUCCUGGAUCGCGAGAUCCAUUAGAUUGGUUGAAAGUUCCACCUCCAGAGCUUCGGAAUCCGCAUAUUGUGAUCGGUCAUGGCAGAAAACUUGGAACUCCAGCAUGUCACAUUGCACGAGUUACAAGAUGUAAAUGGAUUCAGUUUGUCCACGUCUUCUGUGAGGACCUUGGAAAGUUCAAAGAAAGUACUGCCACGGCUGUUACAGAUACGAUCGAGGAGAACGAGGAGAGGCACAAGAUGGAAAUUGAGUUGUGUAAAGCAGCGGAUGCAGUUGUCGCCGUUGGCUCCCGUCUGCAACAGAAGUACAGCAGAAGUCUACCAAAUGUGGAAGUAGAGAUCAUCACCCCCGGAAUCGUGGAAAAGUUUUGCAACGAAUCCGUAGAAUCAAGAGAACAUCCAGGUGUAUUAUUGAGGACGUUGAAUGCCUUUAAGUCUUACAUGUUCAUGAAGACAUUUAACGUUUUCAUGUUCGGCCGAGCAACCUUUGAAGACCUUACGUUAAAGGGUUAUGAUAUAGUGGCAAAUGCCAUAGGUUCCCUUGGAGAGGAAUUUGAGCUCACAUUUGUCGGCUCUUCUCCUGGUGACCACCGAAACGUAGAGCAAUGGUUUCUUCAGAAAACAUGCAUCAAACGCAAGCAGAUAACCAUUCGUGGUUAUUGCACUGAACAGGAUGAACUGAAAGAAAUGUUUCACCAAUCAGAUCUAGUUGCUCUUCCUUCACGUACUGAAGGAUUUGGGUUAGUUGGCCUCGAGGCCAUUUCUUGUGGAGUUCCUAUUCUUGUCUCUGGUGAAUCUGGAGUAGCUGAGGCUUUGCAAAAUGUAGAAGGUGGAAACACUGUCAUUGUUGGAUCAGAUGAAGAUGAAUGGGCACGGAGGAUAAGUGAAGUUUCCAGCCAAAGUCCAGAAGAGAGACAAGCCAAUGCCAGACAGCUCAGAGAGAACUACAGGAAGGUUUACUCUUGGAAAGCAGAAUGCGAGAGGUUUAACAGGCUGAUUGAAAAUGUUGUGAAAACUGCAAGUGGUGAGUCCACUUCUUUUAAUUUUCUUUUUGUUCAGUACGUUUGCUGAAAUGUUAUGCUACAUGUAGGAAGCUAAACCAUAUGUGUAGACUGAGCUACAUAAGGUAAACUGAGUACUGGUACAUGUAGAUAAACACAAGAAUGAGUAAAGUGCACCUUUAGUCCUGAGUUGUUGCAUUUAUCUAGACUUGUGGUUGGACUACAAGUGUUCAAGUGCACUGUCUUUUGCACCAAUCAGAUUGCAAUGUAAGGGUAUGUAUCUUGCACCAAUCAUAUUACAGCAUUAGGAUAUCUUACACCAUUUACAGCAUUUGGGUAUUGUUUUCUUGCAAAUUAUGUCAUCAAAUCAAGGGACUGUGCACAAAGGAUGGUCUUAACCAGAAAUUUUGGGCUCAUUUGUUAAGUGUAAUGGUUUGUGGCCUUUGCCUUAAGGUUGAGAUUUAUCAGGAUAUGGAAGGAUCACAUUUGACUUUUUGUAUCAUUUUUAAGUUAAAAUAUGUUUUUUCCUUUCUUUUACUUAUGAUGCCAUGCCAAACAACUCACACUCCAUCAAGUACCAUAGAAAUAAUGUUUAAAGUCCAAUCAGAACAUAUGCAAUCAUUGCACUACAUGAACAUUGUGUAAUUUUUCAUGUGCUUGAAUUGUACUCCACCAAUCAAAUACCACUUUGCUCCAUCAUGUGUCAUUUCCUCAUAAACAACCUGCAUUUUAUCACAUAUUCCAAAUGCAUUUUCCAACUCCACCAAAAAAAAUUCACACAGAACUAAAUGGGACUGAUGGUGAACUUUCCAUGCAACUGCUACCAUGGACUUAACCCAAUCGCAUGUCAAUUCAUUGUAAACAACCUGCAUUUCAUCAUGUAUUUCACACACACAGGGCAAAGUCCAGAUAGGCAACAAUCAAUCAAGGAGCCCUCUUUGAAUUAUUUUCCAUUUCUCUUGUUUAAUGUAUCCUAACUUAUUCAGGAUUAUGAUAUAUCUUUGGUGAGGGUCUAUUGGAAUUACAACAGAGUUUCAGUUUGCUUUUUGUCAUAAAUUAGGUGGAAUUCUAUUUUUUGGACAACUAACUAUAGAUGAAUAAUUUUCAUUUUCUCUCUGUUAGAGGAACAGCAGAGAGAGUGGUCUCUUUUGCAACCGUUAUUUGGUGUCUUCACACAACAUGCUCUCUUUCAAACGGGGAAUAGAGGGUGUUGUGUGAUGGGACCAAACUAUGGCUGUGAAGGAGACAACAAUAAGUGUGGCACGGAUACAUUUUAUUUUUGCUGAGAAGUAUUUGGACAAUAGAGACAAUAGAUCACAAAAUACCUGUGUGAGUUCAGAUAAAUUAGGUUUUUAUUUUCUUUCUCUUAAGGUGAAGUAAUGCAAUAUUUUUGUUUGUUUAAAAGUUAUGCUCUUUUCCUGUUACAAAAAUGAAAACAUUAGUUACACAAAAUGUCCCAUCUCAACCCACCCAGCCAGAAGAAUGACUCUUGCAUGCUAGGCAUGCCUAUGUAUCACCAUGGCUAGGUCUGUUUAGAUAUUUCCAUGUUUGAAAGUGUAAUCUUUUAGAUCCAUCAGAAUUUUGAUUCUACUAUUGAAUGAGAUAAAGAUGCAAAAGAAACAGAAAUUGAAGCAAUAUAUAUAUACUGUAUGUGGUAAUCAUUUUCAUUUCAUAAAUAUGUUGUUGGUAUCUAUUCAUUGAUAACAAGCUCUAUGUUUGAUUGGUGUUGCCUCAUUGUAAUGUUCUCACAUUUCAGUGGUUAAUUAGGUAGGAGGUGGAAAAAACCUUGUUAUAUUAGGAUUAAAUUUGACUGUUACAAUUUAACAGGUGGUGAAAUGAAUAUUAAGGUUGAUGUGAAUUACUUGAAACCUGAAGAACAGAAUAUCCAGACUGGAAUGUUGGCAACAGAGACUGUCAGAUGCCAUGAGGUUCAGCAGCCUACAGCAUCUGCCACAUCACCUGCAUCUGGAAGUGUGUCUUAUCCAAAAACAGAUCUCCAAGCCCAUAGAGUGGAGACCUUUCUAUCAAUUAUUAAAGGUUCUUUCCACUCCGUGGAACUACAUUCCAUUGGAGAGUGCAAUCAGUUUAAGGAAUAUGCAAAAGAAAUGAAGCUCAUCAUUGUUGGUGCCUCUGACGGAAGUUUGGUGAUAACAGUGAAGUGUGAAUCUCUAAUGAUAUUGGAGGACUUGUGGACAGAUUACUCAUCUGGUCAUCUUGGUGAAGUGGUUCAGAAUUGUUUUGUAACUGAGAAAAUCUUGAAGGAACUAAACCUGGCUGAGCUGAGGCUGAAGGCAACAAUGGACAGAGAAGAGUACAAUGCAUGCAAAAUGUUCUUUGAGAAAGAUGCACUCAGAGGUUGGUAG